AUGGCCGUCCUCUCCAACGCCCUCGUGGCCAUCGGCCUCGUCUUCCUCACACACGCCGUCUACUCCGCACACGAGCACUCAGCCCUCCACUCGACGACAACCGCGCCGUCGCCGUCGUCGUCGUCGUCGUCCAUCCCCUCGCUCCCCGCCGACAUCGUCGCCGAGACGCUGCUGUCCGUCCUGCUCGUCGCGGCGGGCAUCGUGCUGUCGUCGGCGCCGCUGAAACCCAUCGAGUGGAGCCGGUGGGCGGGCGAGGCGGAGCGCGAGGAGGCGCGCCGCCGCGUCGGAAAAGGGCGCAGGGUGGACGUCGCGCAGGGCGAGGUGCCGGGCGGCAAUCCGUUUGCGUGGAUCACGGAGGAUAGGGUGGGGUUUUGGGAUGGGAGGGGCAAGAGACAGGACUUUGCGAAUUGGGUUAGGGAGGGCGGAAGGAGUUAG